GGUGUAUGGAGUUCUUAUUUUAGUGUGUAGUGAUAGGAGUGGUUGCGUAUUAACAUCUGUAAACCAUAUCAUUUGAGCUUUAAAUUGUUUUAUUUGCCAAAAUUUUGGUAGAACGAAAUAUUCAAACCCACAGGAACACAUUCAACUCGGACUGUGAAGUUUUAUCAGUGUGUAGGUAUGUACUUAACAGUUGCUGUUGAACGGUCAGCACGUACCCCACCGUGAUGAGUGUUUAUUACAGUCCAAAGGCCAAUUAUUGUGAACUCAUUAUCUGUAAAGUAAUCUGUAGCGGUUAAAGCGCUUUGCAAAUUUCCCUUACGUUCAGUCAGUUUAAAUCUUUCAUGAAAUUACAUACUAGUCUUAAUAUUUUUUUUAAAAUUUUGGUAAUCAUAAUAGUGAAAGCGUUGAGUGAAAUUCUAUUGGUGCAAAAAACAGAGGUCAGAAAAACAUCUAGAAAAGUGCAUACGUACAAAAGUUGGGUUACUGUAUUACCAUGCCGAGCAAAGCAGUGAAUGAAGAUCUUCAGAACGAAAGAAAAAAGUGCACAUUCAUCAAUGAUGAAUUUACGCUUUGGUGGAUCGGUGGAGAGACCAAACUAAAAGAAAAACAUUUUCGAGAAAACUUCUUUCUAAGUGAACCAGAGUUUUUUGAUAAAACUCCCUUACAUUUUGCAUCGCAUAAGGAAGUUUACGAGGAAUCGGUCCGUAAAUCGACCGUCAUAUUUCGUAAGGUGAAAAAAUUGCAAGAACAAGGCAAGGAUGGAGUUGACAACUAUAUGGCGCUUCUGGGAGGACUAUUGGGAUCUGGAAUCAUCCGGGAAGGAAAUCCGUUAGCGGUACAUUUUGUUAUGUUCCUACCAGCUAUUAUGGGUCAUGGUACACCUGAACAGCAAGCAGAAUGGAUUGGGCGGGCCUGGAAUUGUAAUAUUAUAGGCACCUAUGCACAAACGGAACUAGGGCAUGGUACAUUUAUCCGUGGUUUGGAGACUACUGCAACUUAUGACGAAAAAACGAAAGAGAUUGUGAUCGAAAGCCCUACACUGUCGUCAUACAAGUGGUGGCCAGGCGGAUUGGGUCAUACAGCGAACUACUGUAUAGUUAUUGCUCAGUUGUACUCUAAAGGUCAAUGCCAUGGAAUUCAUCCGUUCAUCGUUCAGUUGCGCGAUGAAGAAACGCAUAUGCCUCUUCCUGGAAUAACAAUUGGAGAAAUUGGCAACAAACUUGGAAUGAAUGGAGUUAAUAACGGUUUUCUCGGAUUCAAGAAUGUACGAAUCCCGCGUACGAACAUGUUGAUGAAAAAUGCUCAACUACAUGAAGAUGGAACUUUCGUGAAGCCCCCCUCAUCGGUAUUGACCUAUGGAACGAUGAUGUUUGUUCGGGUAGUAAUUGUAAGGGAUAUGGCUAAUUACCUUUCUAAAGCCGUAACAAUCGCUACAAGAUAUUCUUGUGUUCGUCGACAAAGCGUUAUCAAUCCUGACCAACCAGAAGUGCAAAUCAUUGAUCAUGUUACGCAACAAUAUAAGUUAUUCCCAGCUAUCGCAAAGAGUAUUAUAUUCAAACUCACGUCUGAUAACUUAUGGGAUAUGUAUAAUCAAGUGACCUCUGAGCUGGAGAAAGGGGACUUGGAGCGACUACCAGAAUUGCACGCAAUUGCCUGCUGCUUGAAAGCAGUAUGCACGGCAGAUGCAGCACAGGCAGUAGAAACAUGUCGCUUGGCUUGCGGUGGCCACGGGUACAUGACAUGCGCCAACCUGUUCGGAACCUAUGGUAUGGUAACAGCUGCUUGUACAUAUGAAGGUGAAAACACGGUGCUUCUACUACAAACGGCAAGGUAUUUGCUCAAGGUCUGGAAUCAAGCCCAGAAGGGACAAGAACUCGUUCCAACUGUGGAAUACUUGAAGAGUUUCAUUUCCAAUAAAAACAAACGUCAAAAUUGGAACGACUCAGUGACUGGAAUUAUUCGGAACUUGCAAACCGUUGCUGCUGGGAAACUUCGACUUGCAAAUGAGCACAUCGAGCAGCGGAAGCAAGCUGGCUACACUCAAGAGGAGGCGGUCAACUUGACCUCACUAGAAUUGGCACAAACGGCCGAUGCUCACUGCCGGGCCUUCCUGGUACAGUCUGGUUACGAGAUGAUAGAGAAAGCCUGCGAUUCUAUAUCAUCGGAGCUGGCUCGGGUUUUGCGUGAUAUUUACGAGCUAUACGCCUAUGACGAGGCCAUCAAAGCUGUUGGUGAUCUUUUGAGGUUCACUACCAUAUCGGACAGUGACAUCACACGACUACAGCAAAAGUUGGAAGAUUCGCUGACCGCAAUUCGCCCGAAUGCUAUAGGCAUUGUUGAUUCGUUUGACAUUCCUGACAUGGUACUCGGAUCUGCUCUCGGUGCUUACGAUGGUAACGUAUACGAGCGUUUAUUCGAGGAAGCUAAGAGGAGUCCUCUAAAUCAGGAACCCGUUAACAAAUCGUUCCAUUUGUACCUUAAACCGUUUAUGAAGUCUAACUUAUAAUUCUGUAAACGAAAUCGGUUGGUGAUAGGAAUGCUAUAUAUUAUAUUUUUAUAAGGUUUAUAAGUCGGUUUACACGCAUUAGUUAUUUUUAUACACAUUAUUAACGCAAAACAAUAAAUAAUUACUGAUUUAAACAA